GCUAUUAAAGCUCCGAGGACCAAGGGGCGCUGGUCACAAGUAUCUCUCAGGACGGGCUACCGGGGAAAAAAUAAACUCCUCUGAAUUAUUAAAGAUUGAGCCCUACUUAUCACAAUGCAUUGCCUGAAAAGUCUGAGGACAGCUAACCCGGGAAUCCUGCAGCUAUUUAAAAAUGCAGGGAUCUCCGCCAGACUCGGAGCUGACAGCAUUGUUUUGUCCAGGACUCAGCAACCUGUUCUCCCCUGCUGGGCUGCAGCAUCACCCCACACUCACAGAGCCUUUCAUCAGCAGCAGAGCCCUGAUGAGGACCAAGGACACGCAAAAAGUAGGUUGAUGUCUAGUAUGGAGGACCUACUUUUCUACACCCUAACUGAUGGCAAAGACAUGAUCUCUAUCUCCGAGUUCAUCUCUGCUUUAAGAAAAACAGGGUUGUUGACGUCUGACCCUCGACUGCGUGACUGUGUCCGUCAGAUGCGACAAUAUACACGUGACACUUUUGGGCCAGUCAUGAUGGACAAGAAGCUCUUCAAAAGGUGUGUAGGCAACAACAUCCUGUUGCUAACUAAGGCCUUCAGAAAAAAGUUCAUCAUCCCCGACUUCCAAAAGUUCACUCACCAGAUCAAUAGGAUGUAUGACAGUGCACAGCAGCAGGAGGGAGGACAAGUAGCUGAUUACAUUCCUCAGCUGGCCAAGUUCAGCCCUGAUCUCUGGGGAGUCUCUCUGUGUACAAUCGAUGGACAGAGACACUCGGCAGGCGACACCAAGGUUCCCUUCUGUCUGCAGUCAUGUGUGAAGCCUCUGGAAUAUGCCAUCGCCGUGCACGAGCUCGGCAGCGAACAUGUUCACAACUUCGUGGGCAAAGAGCCCAGUGGAUUCAAGUUCAACAAACUGUCACUAAAUGAGGAAGAUAAACCACACAACCCCAUGGUGAAUGCCGGCGCUAUCGUCAUCAGUUCUUUAAUUAAGCCUAAUUCAAACAAAGCUGAGAGGUUUGACUAUGUGAUGGAAUUCUUGAAAAGCAUGGCUGGUACAGAGUAUGUGGGCUUCAGCAAUGCAACUUUCCAGUCUGAGAGGGAGACGGGCGACAGGAAUUAUGCAAUUGGUUAUUACCUCAAAGAGAAAAAGUGCUUUCCUGACAAUGCAGACAUGAUUGCAGCCCUGGACUUUUACUUUCAGCUGUGCUCCAUUGAGGUAACCUGUGAGUCAGGAAGUGUCAUGGCUGCCACACUGGCCAAUGGGGGUAUCUGUCCAAUCACAGGCGAGCGAGUGCUGAGCGCUGAGGCAGUUCGCAACACCCUGAGUCUCAUGCAUUCUUGUGGCAUGUACGACUUUUCUGGACAGUUUGCUUUCCAUGUGGGUCUGCCUGCUAAAUCUGGUGUCUCAGGUGCUGUACUGCUGGUGGUUCCCAACGUCAUGGGUAUGAUGUGUUGGUCCCCACCAUUAGAUCGGCUUGGAAACAGUGUUCGUGGCAUUCACUUCUGCCAGGACGUUGUCUCUUACUUCAACUUCCACAAUUACGACAACCUGAGGCACUUCACUAAGAAACAUGACCCAAGAAGACAAUCAGAUGAUGAUCCAAACAAGUCAGUGAUAAACCUGAUGUUUGCAUCAUACAGUGGAGACCUCUCUGCUCUGAGGAGGUUUGCCCUGUCAGCUGUGGACAUGGAGCGGACGGACUAUGACUCCCGCACAGCGCUGCACAUCGCUGCUGCAGAAGGUCAGGUGGAAGCUGUGAUCUUUCUCACUGAAGUAUGUAAAGUAAACCCCUACAUGAAAGACAGAUGGGGAAACACACCCCUGGAUGAUGCCAUGCAGUUUGGCCAUGAUGUUAUCGUUUCCAUCCUACAAAAGUACCAGCGAGUGUACACUGACAAGAACUCACCAAGCAACACAGAGGAGCAGAAACCUCCACUGGAUACAAUGAAGAGCAUUGUUUAAACCACAGGGGAUCGUGAGGGUUUGUAAAGGAAAUUAAUCUAUUUUAUUACACACCUGAGAGGAAUGAAAGGAUGAUUGAGUGAAGUGAUGAAUGAAUUAGUUUAUCUUAACUAUGGUUAAAAAAAAAAAAAAGUUAUAUAUUUAUGUGGGUACCAUAGUUUAAACUGCUGAAGAACCAUGCAUUUCUGCAGACCAAAGGUUUGGUCAAUAAUGUAUUAACGAAGCACUAACAUAAACAAGCAAUGUGUUGCUUGUGUAGAGGAAAAUUCUAUUAAUUUACACCGUGAUUUGGUUUGUGUUGAAUUAUGAAUGAGCUGCAUUUGUGCUCAUGUAAGUGCUACCGAUUAAUGUUUUUGAGAUGUAAAUAUCUAAUAUAUAGUGCUUAUUUAUUUUUAACAUGUUGAAAUAUUGUAUAUCCUGCUUCAUUAGUAUGUUAUUUUAUCAGAGAAAAGUUAUGCUUCCUGUGGAAUAACUAUGAAUAUUCCCAAAGCUGCUUUAUGAAUUAUUCCUUUGACAGGUGGUGAUUUAGCUGCAUUUGUGUCUUUAACACUGAAAGUACUGUUAUAUAUGCACACUGGUAUCUCGGUUUUAAUCAUAUUCAGGAUAUGGGCUUCAUAAGGAACAGGAAAAACCUGAUUUUGCAUAUUCCUGUACGAAUGGUCAUUGCUCUUUUCACUUUUCAGAUUGUCACUAUUCAGUUGCGUCUUGAUUUAUUAUUGUCUUAUUGCCACUGUCAUUUACUAGCAGAUGUUAGUGUUGAGGUUUCCACCUGGUUUUUCAAAUUUAUCAAAACCAGAAUUGUCCAUAUGUCCCAUACUUGUGAACAUAUUUAAGGAAUGUCUGGCGGGAACUGAUCAUUGGUCAGAGUUCACUGCCCUACCUCUAGAAUUCAUACAAUAAUUUGGAAAAUAUUCCAGACAAAUGUGUUAAUUGGAUAAAGUUUAAGUGAAAUGAUGCCUUUUUAAUCAAAAAAGUCAAACAUCAGCUACAUUGUGGUAUCACAGUAUUCUGCAGAAACUCUUUUCUGGCCAUGAUUCAGCACCGUAACUUAGGAACAGAAGGGUGGAAAUGUGAACAUAUUUCAAAUUUGGCCUGAUGCUAAAUUGGUGACACUAAUCUUGGUUGGCCACCUGUGCUGAUUGUGCAGAUCUUCCAGGCUGCCAGGUUGAAUGUGUGUGAAGCAUCUACUUUUUAGCAUUUGUAGCUUCUUUGCAGCAACAUUGAUAUUUCAAUUUAAAGCUUGAUUAUUGGAUGCGAAUGUGCUGUUGAGGUGUUGAAGCGUGGAGAAAGGCUUAGCCAGGGGUCAGCAGACGCCCUGAGAAAAGGAAAAGAGACGAAAAGGAGGCAGAAGUAAAGGGAGAGUGUCUGGGGAACGAGAAGUAAAAUGAGCAAGUGGGUAGGCCAGAGUGGCAUAUAUAUAUAUAUAUAUAUAUAUAUAUAUAUAUAGAUAUAUAUAUAUAUAUAUAUAUAUAUAUAUAUAUAGACAUACAACAGGAAGCAGUGACUGAGGUGUGGUCCUGUUGCUCAGCUAAAGAUUUUAUCUCCAUUUUUGGGCCGAUCAUAUGAACACAUAUGAGGACAUUCUCUCAGUGUAGCAGCUACAUGUAUUAAGAGCCUGAAUAGACAUGGAUGGAAACUGCAACUUGCUUGGUACAAACUGUCAAGUGGCAAUUCUAGGUUUGAUUUUGAAGGACUUCCUCUUGCUUCUUGAGCUCUUUUUAUUGGUUGUCAAUGCAAUGUCAAAAAAAAUAAUCUGUACAUCACAUGCUUGGAAAAUACAGAUUGCAAUUGACACAAAAAUACAAUUACAGGGUAUGCAAAUAAGUGCUGCAAACUAGACACAUGUUGAAAGUGACACUUUUUUUAAAAGGAGAACUGCUUAAUAUGCUGCCUACUGAGAUGACUAUAUUGUGUUAUUUGUGCAACUAAGUUGUUAAAAAUGAAUGUUCUAAAGUUUAAUCACUGCAAUUGAUGUAUUUUAUUCACUGUGCCUUAUUGCAUUUAACUGUCAGUGAAAUUACUCAGCACGAUCUCUUUACAAAGCUUUAGUCACUGUUAACAUCAUGCAGCUGUAAAUGAAAGAGAAAUGUGAAAGCAGUUGCAGUGAAGAUAUUUUAUUAAACAAUAUAAAGUAUGAA